CUGUCUUUGCCGGUACCUAAGUUCUGCGUUGUGGCAUGUCAAAAGGAAUGUUUCCAGCUGGGUAAUGUCUUUUCAUUCCGGGCGUGGGUGCCCCCGAGGCCGAGGAGGAGCUACUGUCCGAGCUUCGUCGCAAACCUUUCGCCCCCAAAACUUGAGGCAGCUACAUCCUCAGCAGUCUUCAAUCCAGUAUCAGUAUGAUCAGCAACCUGCUACCACCUCCCUCUAUGCGAGCCCUCCAACUCCAAACUAUGUCCCUCCUAGGCCGGAUUUUGUCCCGUAUCCCCCACCAAUCCCCCCUUCGCCUCAAAGUUCAAUCGCCCAAUGUCCGCCCCGACCUCCUUUUUCAGGCCCUCAAAUGAGGCAGACUUUCCCACUUCCUCCUUGUUUUCCCCCAGCUCCUCCCCCUGUCCCAAAUCCUGGUAACCCGCCCGUUCUAGCCAAUGCAACUGGUCAAAACACCUUCCCAUACAUGAUGCCACCUCCAUCCCUAUCACAUCCCAUGCCUCCACCAGUAAUGACUCAACAGGUAAAUUACCAGCCCACAUAUUCUCCAGGCUACUCCCAGCAGACCUUUUCGCCUCCUAACUAUAAUAACUACCAACACAGUGCAAACUCUUAUCAAAGCAACAGUGGUAGCGCUAAUAGCAGCGGUAGCACCAGCAGUAACUUCCGGCAUCCAAGUGAAUACCUGCUGGAAAAAUCUCAGACUGACCGGAGGUCUCCGGAGAGGAGCAAAUAUUAUGACGAACACCGCCACAGGGACCACGGACACGGACAUGGGGACAGGCAUCGGUCCACUAAUCACGGGGACCGGCGGGAUCGAGGGAGGAGCCCAGAUCGCCGGCGGGCAGAAAAUAGCCGUCACAGAUCGGAUUAUGUCAGAGGAAGAACCCCACCUCGCCAUCGGAGUUAUGAAUGGUACAGGGAACAUCAAAGGGAAAGGCACAGGCACCGGGAUAGUCGACGAUCGCCAUCUACAGAAAAGUCCUAUAGGAAAGACCACAAAAGAACAGGAAGUCGAUCUCCCAGCCAGGACCGAAAGAAACCCCGUUGGGAAGAGGACAGGGAGCGGUGGUCAGAAAAUGCCAGUCGAGAGAAGAGUUACACCUCCAUCAAGGACAAAGAGCCAGAAGAGGCUACAGGUGAAAAGAACGAGGAAGAAGAUGAGGAUCUACUGAAGCCAGUGUGGGUUCGUUGUACCCAUUCAGAAAGCUACUAUUCAAAUGAUCCCAUGGAUCAAGUGGGGGAUUCCACAGUGGUGGGUACGAGCCGGCUCAGAGAUUUGUAUGAAAAAUUUGAAGAAGAGCUAGGAAAGCGUCAAGCAAAGGCCAAAGCUGCCAGGCCUCCAUGGGAGCCCCCUAAAACUAAACUGGAUGAAGAUGUAGGGAGCUCCAGCGACUCUGAGUGCGACUCGGAAGACGACAGCUGUUCCAGCAGUUCUGACUCGGAGGUUUUUGAUGUCAUUGCUGAAAUUAAGCGGAAGAAGGCCCACCCUGAUCGUCUGCACGAGGAGCUGUGGUACAAUGAUCCUGGACAGAUGAACGAUGGGCCUCUUUGCAAAUGUAGUGCCAAAGCCAGGAGAACAGGAAUACGACACGGAAUCUAUCCUGGAGAAGAGCCUAUUAAACCCUGCCGUCCUAUGACCAACAAUGCUGGAAGAUUGUUCCAUUACCGCAUUACAGUGUCGCCUCCUACCAACUUCUUAACAGACAGACCCACCGUCGUAGAGUAUGAUGACCAUGAGUACAUUUUUGAAGGAUUUUCCAUGUUUUCCCAUGCUCCUCUCACAAACAUUCCUCUGUGUAAAGUAAUCAGAUUUAACAUUGAUUAUACAAUUCAUUUCAUUGAGGAGAUGAUGCCUGAAAACUUUUGUGUCCGAGGCCUGGAACUCUUCUCUUCUUAUCUCUUCAAAGAUAUUUUAGAACUUUACGAUUGGAAUCUGAUUGGUCCUUCAUCAGAAAACAGUGAUACUUCAUGUCCUCGGUUCCACUUCAUGCCACGCUUCGUAAGGUUUCUUCCAGAUGGCGGGAAGGAAGUUCUCUCAAUGCAUCAGAUCCUCCUGUAUUUGUUACGCUGCAAUAAACCACUCGUGCCAGAAGAAGAGAUUGCCAAUAUGCUACAGUGGGAAGAACUGGAGUGGCAGAAAUACGCCGAGGAAUGCAAAGGGAUGAUAGUGACCAGCUCUGGCAUGAAGCCCAGUUCUGUUCGCAUUGAUCAGUUGGAUCGUGAACAAUUCAACCCUGAUGUGAUUACUUUUCCCAUUAUUGUCCAUUUUGGAAUACGACCAGCUCAACUCAGUUAUGCUGGAGACCCACAGUAUGAGAACUGCAUAAGAAUUGGGACCUGCGUUCUGGCAAACGCUGGAGACAAAGAAGCCCUGCAAAAAAUCAGACAGAAGAAUACCAUGAGGCGGGAAGUAACUGUGGAGCUGAGCAGCCAAGGAUUCUGGAAGACAGGAAUUCGUUCUGAUGUCUGUCAGCAUGCCAUGAUGCUUCCUGUCCUAACACACCACAUCCGUUACCAUCAGUGUCUGAUGCAUUUGGACAGACUAAUAGGCUACAUUUUUAAAGACCGGUGUUUAUUGCAGCUUGCCAUGACUCACCCAAGCCAUCACUUGAACUUUGGAAUGAAUCCAGACCAUGCCAGAAAUUCCUUAUCAAAUUGUGGGAUUCGGCAACCCAAAUAUGGGGAUAGGAAAGUUCACCAUAUGCAUAUGAGGAAGAAAGGUAUAAACACUUUGAUCAAUAUUAUGUCACGUCUUGGUCAAGAUGAUCCAACUCCUUCCAGGAUUAACCACAACGAACGCUUGGAAUUUUUGGGAGAUGCUGUGGUUGAGUUUUUAACCAGUGUCCACCUGUACUAUUUGUUCCCAAGCUUGGAGGAAGGAGGAUUAGCAACAUACCGUACUGCCAUUGUUCAGAAUCAACAUCUUGCAAUGCUGGCUAAGAAACUGGAGCUGGAUCGUUUUAUGCUUUAUGCUCAUGGACCUGAUUUAUGCAGAGAGUCAGACCUGCGGCAUGCAAUGGCCAACUGCUUUGAAGCCUUGAUAGGGGCAGUUUACCUGGAGGGAAGUCUUGAAGAAGCCAAACAAUUGUUUGGACGCCUGCUCUUUAACGACAAGGACCUGCGGGAAGUAUGGCUUAAUUAUCCUCUGCACCCUCUGCAACUGCAAGAAUCUAACACUGACAGACAGCUGAUUGAGACGUCUCCUGUCCUCCAGAAAUUGACUGAGUUUGAGGAUGCUAUUGGAGUAAUUUUUACUCACGUUCGCCUCUUGGCGCGGGCUUUCACUUUGAGAACAGUGGGAUUUAACCAUCUGACGCUGGGCCAUAAUCAGAGGAUGGAGUUUCUGGGUGAUUCCAUAAUGCAGUUGGUGGCUACCGAGUACUUAUUUAUACAUUUUCCUGAUCAUCACGAAGGCCACUUAACGUUGUUGCGAAGCUCUUUGGUCAACAACAGGACACAAGCCAAAGUGGCAGAAGAACUGGGCAUGCAGGAGUUUGCCAUUACUAACGAUAAGACCAAACGGCCUGUUGCACUGCGAACAAAAACAUUAGCUGAUCUUUUGGAAUCCUUUAUCGCUGCUCUGUACAUAGAUAAAGAUCUUGAAUAUGUCCACACCUUCAUGAACGUCUGCUUUUUCCCACGAUUGAAAGAAUUCAUCCUAAAUCAGGAUUGGAAUGAUCCAAAAUCUCAACUCCAGCAAUGCUGUUUAACUCUUAGAACAGAAGGGAAGGAGCCAGAUAUUCCUCUGUAUAAAACACUGCAAACAGUUGGACCUUCUCAUGCUAGGACAUACACCGUGGCUGUUUAUUUCAAAGGCGAGAGAAUAGGUUGUGGGAAGGGACCAAGCAUUCAGCAAGCAGAGAUGUGUGCAGCAAUGGAUGCACUGGAAAAAUAUAAUUUUCCUCAGAUGGCCCAUCAAAAACGGUUCAUUGAACGGAAGUACCGACAAGAGCUUAAAGAAAUGAGGUGGGAACGAGAACAUCAAGAAAAAGAUCUGGAUGAUAUAGAAGACAUGAGAAAAUAAGGGGGAAGGAAACUGUAGUAUGUUUGCUUCAUUUUGACCAUGGCCUAUAAAAAAAAACCAUCCUGGUUUCAUGAAACUAAAUGAAAUCAUGUUUGCUUUUGUGUGUGUUUUUUUAUUAAUAUGUUUUAUCUCCAUUUUAAGAGGCAAAGCUGUAUUCGUAAAAUUUAAAAAUGAUUUUUUUUUUUGAAGAACAUAUGCUUUCUGAAGAAUUUUGUGUCCCCAGACUCGGUUUGUGAACAAUAAAAUGUUUUAUUUCAAAAAUAUGUUCUAAAAAUAAGAAAAAUAUA